AUGGUUGCCCUGCUUUGGCGAGCCCCCAGCUCCAAGCCACGAAGCUCCGACGUGCACGCGGGCGAAGCUCGGCGGCGCCCAGGCGUCACGGCCCUCAUCGCGGCCGCGGUGAACGGCCGCGGCGACGUGGUGACGCUUCUCAUCGCGGAGAACGCCGAUGUCGACGCCAGAGGCAACAGCGGCGGAACGGCCCUCAUAAGGGCCGCGGACAACGGCCACAGCGACGUCGUCCACAGGCUCCUCGCCGCGAAGGCCGACGUGGCAGCCGCGAACAACAACCGCGACACAGCGCUUCACGCGGCUGCCAUCUGUGGCCACGCCAAUUGCGUGGAACCGCUGGUGGCUGCUGGUGCACCGCUUGACGCCAAGAACAAUGAUGGAAGGACACCUCUGGAGGCUGCAGAAAAAGAGAACAAACAGAUCACGGUGGCAGCGCUGAAGAGGGCCGCGGAAAAAAAACGGAAAGACCUGGAGGCGGCGGCGGCAACGUUGCGGCAGCAAGAGAUGGCUGCCUUGGAGGCACAGAUCUUGAAGUGGCAAAAGAGCGGCAAAGCACCGUUGCCCAUGGUGCGUCUAUGCUUUGUGGGACGUGGACAUGCCGGUAAGACCACGACCUUGAGGCGCUUAAAAGGAGAAGAUGUGAAAGAGGGCGAAGAAUUCUCUACCUAUGGUAUUGAAGUUUGGGCUUGCGAGAGAUCAGAAGGACUUGAUGCCCGUGAUGAUGCUUGGAAGCAAUGCAAAGGAAACCUUCUGGAUGAUUGCGUAGCGAGGAGCUUCCAGGGCAGACGCACCGAUAUUAGCAACGAGGGAACAACUGGAGAUGAAGCUCGAAGUCGGUCAAAGGAGGAAGCGCCUGACCCAAGACAUGAAAUAUCUCAAAGUGGCAAGCCGGAGGAGGGGCCUCAGGGUGGCAAGAAGGAAGACCUUAAGGAACAUGUCAAUAGAGUGAGUGGAGGCGAGGCCCGAACUGCAUCUGAGGGCCUUCAGAAUGAAGGUCAAGAAGAUAGGGGUCCUAUACUGGCACGGCAAAUGGGUGUUGAGCUGGUGCUCAACGCAUCAGAUGCCAACAUUGCACCACGUCUACAAUGCUUCGAUUUUCCGGGGUAG